AGUGAGUCUCCGUCAUUAGUCACGUGAAAUAACAGAAUAUCACGUGUAUCGAGGCCUGAGGCAUCACCGAGAUCCCCCCGGGAAAUGCCCCUCAGAACCGCCAAAAGACGAAAAAUGCUGCCCCUCGCUACUGCUCGCUCUCUCUGUCUCCCUCCAUCGCGCUUCUGGGAAUUAGACACUCCCACCCCUUGAUCAGAGUCAUUCAGGCUCUGACUCACUUGCACGAACCCGUUGAUAAACCCAGCGGACCUAUAUUCCACACGACAACUCGGUUCUCUCCUUAAAAUUUCACUCCUUCUCGUGAAAACCCCUGGCUACUCCGAUUCCCAAUUGUCUCUGGACACGGUAUCGUGACCACCUGCCACAAUGGCUUCUCCCUCGAUUUCUAUCUACAUCGAUGAGGAUGUGGGUAAGGACGAUACCUCCGCGACCGGAUCCGAAUCGGCCCCCUACAAGACCCUGAUCUACGCUUUCCAGCAGCAUCCUCCCGCAAAGGACGUCCAGUAUCUCACGCGCAAGUCUCAGACGGAGCCAGCCGGCGAGAACGUCGAUCCAGCGGCCAAAUUGGAGUGGAAGCCGGCUGCUAAGUCGGCCAUCAAGAAGGCGACCAACCUGUACGAGCAGAGGAAGAGGAAGGCUGCUAAGGAGCAGGAACUGGCUAUUCGGGAAAAACAAGAGGCAGAGAAGCGCAGACUGGUCCUGGAGGAAGCCAAGAAAAUUAUCAUCAAGGAGGACCCAUCGCUCCCCAAACCCGUCAAGAUCCGACUAGAUGAGACGGACCCAGCCGUUGUCAAGCUGCGCGCUAAUGACUCUGACACCCCGGGAACACGUGUUCGUGUGCUCGGAAGAAUCCACCGGCUGCGAGCUCAGAAAGACGUGAUUUUCAUCACCUUAACGGACGGCUAUGGCUAUUUGCAAUGCGUCCUGACGGGCGACUUGGUCAAGACGUACGAUGCGAUGACUCUCACCAUUGGGACUUCCAUGGCUAUCCACGGAGAGAUGCGAGCUGUGCCCCCCAAGCAGCACGCCCCCAACGAUCGCGAACUUCACGCCGACUUCUUCACCGUCAUCGGUCGCGCUGCUGGCGACAAGGAGGCCAUCACGACCCGUGUGGCCCCGGAUGCGGAUCCUCAAACACUCUACGACAACAGGCAUCUUGUCCUCCGUGGCGAGACGGCAUCUGCUGUGAUGAAGGUCCGUGCAGCGGUGCUCCGAGCAUUCCGCAAGACGUUCGAAGAGCAACGCAUGCUGGAAGUGACUCCGCCGGCCAUGGUGCAGACGCAGGUCGAGGGAGGCAGCACACUGUUCAAGUUCGACUACUAUGGAGAGAAUGCGUAUCUGACGCAGUCGUCCCAGCUGUACCUGGAGACGUGUCUCCCAUCCUUGGGUGACGUAUUCUGCGUCUGCCCGUCAUUCCGCGCGGAGAAGUCUCUUACCCGCCGUCAUUUGUCUGAGUACACGCACAUCGAAGCCGAGCUCGAUUUCAUCACGUUCGACGAUCUUCUCGACCAUCUGGAGGCGGUUGUUUGCCGGGUGAUUGAGCUGACGCUGGCAGACCCAGUCAUCGCGGGCUACAUCAAGCAGCUCAACCCCGAUUUCAAACCACCCAGCCGGCCGUUCAAGCGGAUGAAGUACGCCGAUGCGAUCGAAUGGCUGCGCGAACAUGACAUCCCUAACGAAGAGGGACAGCCGCAUCUGUUUGGCGACGACAUCGCGGAGGCAGCCGAGCGUAAGAUGACGGAUAUCAUCAACCAGCCUAUUUUCUUGACCCACUUCCCCAAGGAUAUCAAGGCAUUCUACAUGCAGCGGGAUCCCGAGGACCCCCGGGUCACGGAGAGUGUGGACGUGUUGAUGCCGGGUGUGGGCGAGAUCGUCGGUGGCAGCAUGAGGAUGCACGACUAUGACGAGCUUAUGGCUGCGUACAAGCACGAGGGAAUGGACCCGGCGCCUUACUACUGGUACACUGACCAAAGAAAGUAUGGAACCUCUCCGCAUGGAGGAUACGGCCUUGGACUGGAGCGAUUCCUGGCGUGGCUGUGUGCGCGCUACACGGUCCGGGAGUGCUGUCUAUACCCUCGUUUCACGGGACGAUGCACUCCGUAGAUGUGAUGAGCGAGAAAGAAACAUUUCUUUGACAAUAAAAGGAUACCUUUAGCUUUAUUAGCGACAUGGAAUCGUCAUUCU